AUGAAGAGCACUCAUUUAUGGUGCAUUCACCAGAAAGUCUUUCUGAUCUCUUCCACAGACCCAGAGGAUGUGCUGAGCGUGAGCAUUCCUCUGGAGGAGCCACAGCGUCCUCUACUGGGAGCAACGUUGGUGCUACCGUGUUACUUUGAGGACCACACUGUCCCAGACCCAGGAGCUCCCUCCAUCGCUCCGCUCGCUCAUCGAAUCAAAUGGAGCCACGUCACUAAAGAAAAAGUCACGACUAUCUUAGUGGCCUUGGAAGGACAGGUGCUUAUCAGUGAGAGCUACCUGGACAGAGUUCAUCUGGUGGGCUACCCCAUGACUUCUACAGAUGCUAGCAUCAAGAUAUCUGAGCUGCGGACCAGUGACACAGGAGUCUACCGCUGUGAGGUUCAGCAUGGCAUCGAGGACAACCACGACAUCGUCCAUGUGCAGGUUCAAGGUAUGGUGUUCCACUACCGAGCCAUCAUUGGCCGCUACAGUUUAACUUUUGAAAAGGCUAAGGCAGUUUGCAUGCAGAACAGUGCGGUCAUGGCUUCACCUGAACAGCUUCAAGCAGCCUACGAUGAUGGCUUCCACCAGUGUGACGCUGGCUGGCUCUCCGACCAGACCGCCAGGUACCCGAUCCGAGAUCCUCGUGUGAACUGCUAUGGCGACAAAGAGGAGCUGCCUGGGGUCAGGACAUACGGAGUGAGAGACCUCAAUAAGACUUAUGAUGUCUACUGCUUCACUGAGAAGAUGACAGGGAGAGUUUUCUACACUGCUGCCGCAGAAAAGUUCAACUUCUCUGAGGCUGAGUUUGCAUGCUCCAGUCAGGGAGCUCAGUUGGCCACUACUGGUCAGCUGUACCUGGCCUGGCAGGGUGGGAUGGAUGUCUGUAAUGCCGGCUGGCUGGCAGACAGGAGCGUCCGCUACCCUAUUAACAUCCGUCGGCCGCAGUGUGGAGGGGGUCUGUUGGGGGUGCGAACUGUGCACCUCUACACCAACCAGACAGGAUACCCACUUCCCGAGUCUCGCUACGAUGCGUUCUGCUAUACAGAGUCCACUGAUGAGGAAGGUUCAGGCAUCAUAGAAGAAGGAAGUGGUUUGCUGAGUGUUACUACGGUGACACUGAGCCCAGAGGUGUUCUUCAGGAGGACAACCACAGAGAGUGAGGCGGUUGGAGAGGUGGAGACUCAGCAGCCUACCCAAGUGGACUUCACAGAGAGCCCUAUCCAGCUGCCGCUACCUCAGCCACCAAACGUCACUGAGUUGGUGGUUGACCUGAUAGAGCCGGCCACCGCCCGACCCGACACACGUAGGGAACCCGGAAAAGGCUUUGUGAUGCCUCCUACUGGAGGAUGUCCCUUGUUUUUCGGUGCAGGUGUGGUGUUCCAUUAUCGUUCAGGCUCCAGCCGCUAUGCUUUCACCUUCGUCGAGGCCCAGCUGGCCUGCCAAAGUGUUGGAGCCUCCAUAGCCACCCCAAAGCAGCUGCAGGCAGCAUACAAGGCUGGAUAUCACCAGUGUGAUGCUGGAUGGUUACUGGACCAGACUGUAAGGUAUCCCAUUGUUUUCCCUCGAGAAAAGUGUGAUGGAGAUCUAGGGGAACUACCUGGAGUUCGGUCAUAUGGUUUAAGGCCAGGAGACGAGAGAUAUGAUGUGUACUGUUACAUUGAUGGUAUCAAGGGUAAGAAAACUUAUCGCAAAGCCCAGAGACUUAUUUGUUUUCUAUCUUGUUCAGUUUUCCAUGUGGGUUCCGCUGAGGGUCUCACCUAUGAUGAAGCUUCUUCUAGCUGUCAAGAGCAGAACGCAGUACUAGCCUCCCCUGGAGAGCUGUACGCAGCCUGGAAAAUGGGUUUUGACAAGGCUGGCUGGCUAGUGGAUCGCAGCGUUCGUUAUCCAAUCAACAAACCCCGUAAUGGGUGUGGGGGUGGGAAACCAGGAAUACACACUGUUCACGGUCACCCCGACCAGAUAGGCUCCCCUGAACUUGAUGCCAGAUUUGAUGCAUACUGCUUUAGAGGUAAACACUUGACUGUUAUCAAACAAGCUCAUUCUGGAUUGUCAUUUUCCUCAUCACUCAUUGAGCAUUAUCUUUUUGUUCUGUUCCUUCCAUUGUUGCUCCUAUUCCUGUGGAGACUUCGGGCUCUGGCUCCGGCUCUGCAGAAUUUGGCUCGGGGUCUGCCGUUAAUGGUGCCUCUGGUGGUCACUCAGGAGAUCUGUUUGGAUCUGGUGACCUGUCUGGUUCCGGUGAUCAUGUUACCUCUGGAGAAUCGUCUGGUUCUGGAGCAUUUUCUGGCUUUGGACGUUUGUCUGGUUCUGGAGACCUUUCUGGUUCUGGACACUUAUCUGGAUCUGGUCAUUUGUCUGGGUCUGGAGACCUAUCCGUUUCUGGAGACCUAUCCAGUUCUGGAGACCUAUCUGUUUCUGGAGACCUAUCCGGUUCUGAAGACCUAUCCGGCUCUGGAAAUCUAUCCGGUUCUGGAGACCUAUCCGGUUCUGGAGACCUAUCUGGUUCUGAAGACCUAUCCGGCUCUGGAAACCUAUCCGGUUCUGGAGACCUAUCCGGUUCUGGAAACCUAUCCGGUUCUGGAGACCUAUCUGUUUCUGGAGACCUAUCCGGUUCAGAAGACCUAUCCGGUUCUGGAAACCUAUCUGUUUCUGGGGACCUAUCCGGUUCUGGAAACCUAUCCAGUUCUGGAGACAUAUCCAGUUCUGGAGACCUAUCCGGUUCUGGACAACUAUCUGGCAGUGCCAAGCUGCCAAGUGGGGCAUCAGGUUUCAACAGUGCAGAUGCUUCUGGGGUCUGGAAUGCUCAGUGGUAGCGGGGAUUUGUCUGAAUCUGGUUUUAGCUCUACGGAGAGUGACUCAUCCAUAGACAGCUCGGGGGAAAGUGGACAGUUUUCUGGCAUGUUCUCCGGUUUCAUCACACGCCAGGACUUUUCUGGGUUUAGUGGUUUCCCAUCGGGAUUCUCUUCAGGAAGUGCUAGUGGACACUUGGGAGAGCUUUCGGGAAGUGGAGACUCACAGAUCUUACUAAUAGAUGGACAAUUUAUCGAUGCGUCUAUCUCUACUACCAACAAGGAGUAUGAGCUUGGUGGAGGCCUACUGGCAUUCAGUGGCUCUGGAGACAUCUCAGGGUCUGGGAUUAUCAGUGGGGAUCUCAGUGGCUCGGCCUCUGGAAGUGGCUCUGGGUUCUUCUCCUCAGGCGUGACCUUUAUUGGGUCAGGGUUCACCGACCUAACAGUGUCAUCCUCUGGAGAGCAGGAAGCCUCUGGUUUAUUAGUGUACAGCUCUGGACAGGGAAGUGGUGGACAUUUGUCUGGAUUUGGAAGCUCAAGUCUUAUCUCGGGUUCUGGAUCGGGAAUGUCUGGAUCUGAGUCCUCAACGAGCGGAGAAGAAAGCAGUGUUACAUUUUUAAGUGGGGAUUUUACGUCAGAGGUAUCCGGAGACACUACACUGUCUAUGGAGCUUGGAGACGGAUCAGUGGAGUACAGUGGAGAAGGAAGCAGUAGCAGCAGUGGUUUGUCCUCUGGCACUGGAGACAACCACUUAUCCACAGCCAGUGGCUCUUCUUCAGGAUCUUCCUCUGGGGAUCUGCCGACGGUGAUGCCACCCUCACCAUCCAGUAACUGGGCACUGACUGAGAGCACCAUGGGGCCAGAGGAAGUCCAUGGUCUGGUGGAACCAACUCAGAUCCCUGUUGACGUCUAUGGAACUCCAUACUCUGUACUCGCCCCCGCAGGACUGGCUGCCCCUCCUACCGCAACUUCACCAACCUCUGUGCAGACACCAGGCUUUGUGAAAGGAACUGAUUCACUGGAGGUGAUGACUCUUGCGGCUGCAGAUGAGCAGCAGUGUGAAGACCGUUGGACUAAGUUUCAGGGGAACUGCUACCGACACUUCUCUGACAGAAAGUUAUGGCUGGAUGCAGAGCAGCAGUGCAGGGACAUGAACGCCCACCUGGCCAGCAUCAUCACCCCAGAGGAGCAGGACUUUGUCAACUCAAACGGACAGGACUACCAGUGGAUCGGGCUGAAUGACAAGACCGUAGUGAAUGACUUCCGCUGGACGGAUGGCACUCCACUGCAAUACGAGAAUUGGAAGCUGAACCAACCUGAUAAUUACUUCAACUCAGGAGAAGACUGUGUGGUGAUGAUCUGGCAUCAGAACGGCCAGUGGAAUGACGUGCCGUGCAACUACCGCCUGCCGUUCACCUGCAAGAAAGGCCCGGGUAUUAUCCUGUGGCGCCCCGCUGAGGUGGAGAAUUCCCAUAUGUUUGGUAAAAGAGGGAAGAUACCUGUCAAGCUCAUCAUCCGCUAUCAGUGCAACCCCAGGGUUUUUAACAGCGCCACCGCUCCGGUGGUCACGAUGUAA